AUGGCCACCCCCAAGAUGGAAGAGACCAGCACGCUGGGGCGCCAGCUCUCGGCUGCGAACGAAGAAGCGUGGCUGUCGCUCGGCCGCAUUGCUGAGAUGAUGGGCGACGACGAGAACACGAUGUUGGCGUACGAGAAGGUGCUGUCGCACAACCGGUUGAACGCCACGGCGCUGUUUGCCAUUGGCUGCUGCUACGAGAAGGUCGAGGACUAUACAAAGGCCGCCGACUGUUUCCGCGGACUCGUGUCGCUGAACGAGCAGAACUCGGACGCGUGGGGCCAUCUCGGCUACUGCUGCCUCAUGAUGAACGACCUCACGAGCGCGCACACGGCGUACCAGUACGCCAUGUACAACAACCCCAUGAGUCAGAAGGACCCCAACAUGUGGUACGGCAUUGGCCAGCUGUAUGAACGACUGGGCUCGCUCGAGCACGCGCAAGAGUCGUUUGAAGCCGUGCUGCGGUUCGAGCCCAACUUUAACAUGGCGCUGGAAGUCAAGUUCCGGCUCGGGAUCAUUGCCAAGCAGCGGGGCGACUAUGAAGGCGCGCUGGAUCGACUCAAGUCGGUGCUGCACGACGUGCAGGCGAACGUCCAGACGACGGAGAUGGCUAGUGAUAUCUGGACGCAGAUUGGUCACGUGUACGAGCUCAAGGACGAGAUUCAGCUGGCCAAGUCGAGCUACCUCAAGGUCGCCGAGCUGAAUCCAAGCAAUGCCAAGCCGCUGCAACAGCUCGGCUGGUUGUGCUUGAAACACAGUGAACAUCCACCUGCGAUUGACUUUCUGAAAAAGGCCGUGGCAAUUGAUCCACAAGACGGAAAAGGAUGGUACCUGCUGGGACGAUGUUACAUGGCUGUGCAGGAGUUUGAAGAAGCGUACGAUUCGUACAAACACGCCGUGACGACCGACUCGCAGAACCCGAACGUGUGGUGCUCGCUUGGCGUGCUCUUUUACCAGCUGAACCAGCACUUGGAUGCGCUCGAUGCGUACUCGCGUGCGAUCAACAUCAAUCCCAACAUUUGCGAGGUCUGGUACAAUGUCGGGACACUGUACGACACGUGCAAUCAAACGAGCGAUGCUCGCGAUGCGUACCAGAAGGCUGCAGAGCUCGGAGCCGACGCGCAGUUCAUUCGUGAGCGACUGGAACUCUUGCGUGCUCGAGAAACGGGCCAGCCGACCAACGGCAUGGCCGGUGCCAACACCGCGCCUGGCCCUUCGGAGCCGCCGACAACGUCUCCGAUGCCGACGUUUUCGUCGCGACCAACCACCGAGUCUCAGUACCAGGCACAGCAGCAAGGCGCGCCUGCUCAACCGAAUGGUGGUCCGUCGGCCAGCCAAGGGGUACCGAUGGCGCACAUGUUGCGCGGAAGUGAGGCGCCUAUGAGCAUGAGCAUGGGCAGUGCUCCGACGUCGAACCCAAUGAGUGCUAGCGGCCCCGAGACAAGUAGCGGUGUGGCCCGUGGCGUACCUGCGGGCAGUGCCGGUAUGAACAUGAUGCGUGGCAUGGGACGUAGCGCGCCGUUGAACGGUGGCGGUAUGAUGGCCCGUGGUGUCGGUGUCAUGGGUGGAAUGGUGCCCGGCAUGCAGCACCCGCCUCAAGCUCAGCAGAUGCAAUCGCAACACCCUCAAGCGCAGGCGCACGCCCAGGCGCAGGCACAUGCGCAUGCGCAAGCUCAAGCACAAGCAGCGCAAGCGCAGGCUCACCACCACGCGCAAAUGCAAGCGCAGAUGCAGGCACAGCAGCAACACGCGCAAGCUGUGCACAUGCAGCAAGACGGUCGUCGCGGGAUGCCUGGCCGGUCUAUCAAAGAUGAGAGCAAGCUCGGGGGCAUGCGCUACGCGAUGGACAGCGGUGACCGGAAACUGCAGGCCCCACCGCAGCGUCUCGCUGGGUUGAAUCCAAAGAACUUGGGCGGUCCCGGAGGCCUUUCGCAGGGCGGACGUCGCGACCGCUUUCCAAUUCCAAUGAGCGACCCGAAGCAGCACCAGCAUCCGUCGCUCCAGCCGCCCCCGGGCAGACGGUGA